UGCCUCCCUGUCUCCCCUCCCUCCCUCCCUCUCUCUCUUCCCCCAACAUAGAGUCCGACCAUCCUUCAUCCCCCUAUUUGUCUUGAUUGACAAUCGUCUCAUUUCAUGAUUGUGUGUUCCUCUGCCGUGCAUUGGCAACUCUGAUCGGAUCGACCUUCCAUCGCUUCAGCUUUAUGUUUCUGCUUGUCUGGAUGUAACAUCAAUGACCUGACCCUAUUGUGCGGAAGACCAUCAUUCACUCCCACGGCGUUCUCUGGGACGACGCGACCACCCCGUACUUUCACCAACCCUUCUUUCCCUAAAAAUUCCUCUCGAGGACAUCAAGUGCCUCGACCCUGACCUCACCCACAUCUCCGGAGAUCUCCUAUUCCCCCGAGGGGCCUCGGGCUUGGUGGUCAUACUCCUUUGCCUCUUACUACAUUGCACGAACUCCCUUGGUAGCCGGAGUAUAUACGCAACGGACAUUUGCCUUAAGAUCUGCGCCGCUCGGCUCCUGUUCUGAAUCUUGACAACUCGGACGCUCCUUCUGCACUAUCGAGCAUCGUUGGGGGGUGCCUCAUGGGAGCGGAGGUGUAUGGGGAUGCCGCAUCUUCUCACACCGAAGGUGACAGCUCACCGAUAGCAUCCGAGACGUCGACAAAUAUGUCGUGGCCCAUACCCGCCGACGCUCACUCUCAACUCCCUCCCCGCCCAGCCCUUACCACCCAGCAAUCGAGUUCUGUCCCCGCAACCCCGUUCCAUCACCCCCGUGGCCUCCGGUUUCCAUCUCGGUCCCACUCCAGGUCUCCCUCGCCUAAUCGCCGCAGCAGUUCUCCUCGCUCCGCUCAUUCCGAAUUAAACCACAUUCUGCCCCUGCGGAAGCAAUAUGGAGGCUGCAAAUAUGAAACUGCGAUGGCUCACUUCCGGAGGAGGAUGCCAUAUUCUCUGGGCGCCGAUUUACUGCCGGAGGAACAGGGCCCGCUGAAGGACAAAUUGGCACCGGAAGAUGAGGAGAGACUCACAUCCCACAUGAAAGAGCUGUACAAAAAGUUGUUGCCCUCCGCAGAGAGCGAGCAGCGGAGAAUAAAAUUUGUCAAGAAACUUGAGAACCUCCUCAACACACAGUGGCCUGGCAAUGACAUCAAGGUACAUGUCUUUGGAUCAUCAGGGAACAAACUCUGCUCAAGUGAUUCUGAUGUGGAUAUUUGCAUAACAACACCGUUUAAAGAACUUGAACAUGUGUGCCUGCUGGCAGACUUCCUUGCGAAGAAUGGGAUGGAACGCGUUGUGUGUGUUUCUCAUGCAAAAGUACCAAUUGUCAAAAUAUGGGACCCAGAACUCCAAGUUGCAUGCGACAUGAACGUCAAUAACACCAUGGCUCUGGAAAACACUCGAAUGAUUCGAACUUAUGUCGAAGUCGAUGAACGUGUUAGACCACUGGCAAUGAUUGUUAAACACUGGACAAAGCAGCGGAUAUUAAAUGACGCUGCUCUUGGAGGGACGUUAAGCUCGUACACAUGGAUAUGCUUGAUUAUAAAUUUCCUUCAAACCCGCUCGCCACCCAUCGUUCCCAGUCUACAAAAACGCGCCAUUAGCCGGCGCAAGCAACAAGGGAAUGGACAAUCCUCAUCUUCCUUUGACGAUAAUCUCGAAGAACUCGCUAGCUUCGGACACAAGAACAAAUCGACAUUGGGAGAGCUCCUUUUCCAGUUUUUUCGAUAUUAUGGACAUGAAGUUGAUUACGAGAAGAACGUCAUGUCCGUAAGGGAAGGAAAACUAGUAUCCAAGGAAGGAAAGGGUUGGCAUCUUUUGCAAAACAAUCGUUUGUGUGUGGAAGAGCCCUUCAACACAUCAAGAAAUCUGGGAAAUACUGCAGACGAUACGUCGUUUCGCGGCCUCCACCUUGAGCUCCGUCGAGCCUUUGAAGCUGUUGCGAUCGGAGACCUGGGAAAAUGUUGUGAACGAUACGAGUAUCCUCCUGAAGAAGAACGGACUUGGGAACGCCCGGCUCCACAGCCACGAGCCAUCUUAACUCCAAUGCCCGCUUUGCCGUCGCGUGGUGGUAGAGGUGGCGGUCGAGGUGGUAGACAUACAAACCAUUACCAUCGUGGCCCCAAUAAUAUGGGCCGUCGGGCGUCCAACACUGCCAACAGGAAUAAUAUUCGAUCUGCCAAUCCUAGCUUUACUGCGGACAUUGCAUUCCAAGCACAGCAGGCUCAAAGCAUUCUCCAUGACCAUCUCUAUCAGCGAAUUCAAAUCCUUCAGGCGCAGGAACAGGAGUUGCGGAUGCAGCUACAAAACCAAGCACUGAUGACCGGCAGAGCGCCUCCAACUUUGCUAAGGCAGCCAUAUUUACAGUUCACUCUACCGCAACACGAGAACAUAUCUCCCGAAGAGAACCCAAGAGUGCGGGCCAGCUCAGUGAAUCAACCUCCUCUCACAGCACCUAUACGGCAAAACGUGUUUUUCAACACUUCCUAUGUCCCUGUGACGUUGCCCGGAGUUCAAGGCACGAACACCAAUCCUCCCUCGCCUUCUUUGCCAUCUGCAGUCCCGGAUGUACGGCGUAGUCAUCGUCGAUCGUCGGUUGCAAAUGACUCACCGCGCGGAUUACGAGCUCAGUCCCAGCCUGCUCGCCCCGUCCCGUCCGUCAUGCUACCCAACUUUCCUGCUGUCCAGCAAGACAUGAAUUCACGGAGGUCGCCUGAAUGUCCUCCGAGAUCCGUAACAGAAGGAGAAUCAUAUUUACCCAAUGGUGUCGCUAUUCCAAAACCGACAUUUGGUGAUGAGAAUCUACCUUCAGAGUAUGUUGGCUAUUAUGUUGGAGAUUCUACACAACCACAUGGGUCAUACCGAGGUCAUCUGGCCUCAUCUUUACCGGGACUCGCUAUUCACGGCUGUGAAGUUCCUGCUUACCUUCAUAGUUCACCUGAGUAUCGCACUUAUGUUACGAUGGCUGAUCAAUCCAAUGGCUCUUCCGGGCAUCUUAGCCCACCGAAGAUUGGCUCGCAUUUCAUGCAGCCACAGCGGCUGACGCGGUCUCAGACUUUGCCCGAUCGUGGACCAUUGAUUAUUGAUGGGUCGGUUCCCCCCAGUGAACACCGACACUCCAUUGCCAAUCAUUCAAGUGAACAGUUCAUGACGGACUUCAGCACCUCGUCAUCAGCUGAUAGAAUGUACGAUACGCCCCGAACAACCCCAGACACGCUCUCUCAGGGCCUCCAUGAGCAAGAAUCCUACGACGACUUAUUUGGCAGCAGUUUCGAGACUCACCAUGGUUCUCAGGGCGCUGGCCAUAUGAGUGGCUGGGAGCCAGGUUUAAACCACACUGAUGUCACUGCCACUGGUCAUAUGGGCAGAGUCGAAACCCUGUCCGAACGGCUGCAGAGGUUUCAGUUGUCUGAUCCGAAUUUUUCGCUGGAUACUUCCAGAAACACUGAUGCAAACCAUUAUCGUAGCACACAAUACCUUUAUCCAAUCGACGAUCAGCUGAAUUGUCUCCAUACUAAGGGAUCCCCCGAGGACAAUCACCCACAGCUAUUCAAUUCGGCUCAAUCGCCGGCCAAAGAUUCGCGUAUGAUGUCGCCCACCACGAAACAUUGUGUAAACGGCUUCGACUUCGAGAAGGUCAACGGCAUGCCUCAUAAGCCCAAGGCCAAGGGUCGCUACGAAAAUUCCAAUUCUUUCCCCGUCAGUGACCAUAAAGAGAAACAAGGCGAUCAUUACCGAAAAUCCAAUGGUGGCCACCACUUGCAUUCAAAUGCCAACGGUCAUCAUUCGACUUCAAAUGGCUGGCAAACCACAAAACGGAGAAACAAGAAAGGACCAAAGCUUUCAGCGGAACAAAACGACGGCACGGCUCGGCCGGAACCCAUUCCUAUCGAUGAAUCUGAGAGAAAGGGGGGCUGAAAGACGAGAGUAUCCGCAAAAGCGUAGUAUUGCGAGGGAGGCCACAGUGAUGCCGAAGUUACACGCCAAGUACGCCGUAUGCAACUUCAAUAUGCGCCAUGCAAUCCACACAAAGCCGGAUAGGUGAUCUACUGAAUCGUGGAAGUGAAUCCUGUUUUGACAGUUUGAAAUGAUAAGGUGACGGACCAUGUGUCCUUCCAUGCAUGCUACGGGCUGCUAGAGCAAGGUGGAGAGCCACUCUUGAGCCCACCCGACGCUUUAAGUCAUUCAAGCUGCUUUUUAGGUGGAGAAGUUCCUAUAUUUGAUGUUUGAAAAGCUUCGGGAUUUUGACUCCGUUACACAGUUUCGAGAGAGCUCCAAUCUCGACAUCCUAACUUCUGCCUUACCUUUCGAUGAUGUUUAUUACGUUGGGAAUGUGUUCACGCCUGCCUCAGUCUUUGCCUUUUUCCAUGGUCCUCUGAAAUCCAGACCAAUGGAUGUCUUGAUGAUGUUGUGUGCCAGUUACUGUUUCUGUUUCAUGAGUGCCUUGUUGUUCUUGCUUUGGGUCCUGCGUUGUAUGUGGAAAAUUUUCAUAUUAUGUUGAAUACCCACCUGUACCCCAGUCUGUGCCUCUUUAAAUGUCUUUUUUUACUGCCUUUUUGUUAUGUUUGGCUUGGGGUUCAUUCUGAUUGAUGGUAUAAAGAAUUGCAUGGCUUUCUAUUCCCCCAUGAGUGUUUGCUUCUUGUUUAAAUUUUUCAUUCUCAAAAUGUGCAAGUAUAAAGAUUUACAUCAGGUGGCGUUUCUCUUUUUGGCUUUUCUUGCUACACCUGCAGCCUUGUUUGGUGGUUUAUCACGAGCGGGACUUUGUUUAAACUGGGGUCGCGGGGGCGGGAGCGCUAAGUUACUCUGUUGUCUUGCUUAGUUGCUUGCUUACUCGUCCCCGGAUGGCUCUCGUUUUACAGGUUCUUCCUUCAGCUUUUUGAGGGUAAAAUUUGUGUCCGGAGGGACUUUGUGGCAUAGUUUUGGGGGUUUUUUUUUGUCCUUUGCUCCAUGAUUUGAAUACAAAAUACCGGCUGGGCAUUAAGAAUUUUCUCUUUCCUUAGCUUUGUUCUACUCUGGUUAAUCAUGGGAGCCGUCUAUUGAUCGGUGCGUCGCCCCGGUCUCUCUUGACUUGCCUUUUUUUUUCUUUUAUUUGUUUUUUCAACAAUGGGCCUGAUCUCGUAUUAGAUAUUUCCAUGUGUAUCUGAAAUGAUCACAUCACAGUGGGCGAAAAAAUAAUAUUUGGGGAUAAGGGAUAUUUAUCUUGUAUGUAAAUAGGUAUGAAUACAGAUGACGAUGCAACUGGGACGUCAUGUCUAAUGAAUUAGAUUCUAGUUCAAAAA